GGAACUUCAUUCGCGUGACGCCAAGCGGGGCGGAAGUGGCCUUUGGUGUGAAUUGCAGGUGGAGGUUUUGGAGCCAGAGAGAAGCCAUUCCAAGCAAGAAAGAUGCUGGGUAGGCCGAAGCCUGGAGAAUCUGAGGACGAUCUCCUCCUGUUCCAGCAGCAGUUCCUAGCAGCAGGAACAUCUCCAGCUGCCAAGGUCGUAAACAAGAGGAAAGUAGAAUUGGAAAAUACUGAUGGAGGCCAGGUCAAUGCAGGCCUACGGGACACGGUCACUUUGGAAGCUCUUCCUGGCCUUCCUCCAACAUUAGUGCCAGCUCCACCCAAAAAAUCCAAGGCAGAAAAAGUUAGGUUCCAAGGAGAUGAUAGUGAGGAGCAGAUGGAUCUACAGGAUAUACACAUCACAGCUGUCUUGUCAAAGAUUAUUGAGAGAGACACAAGAGCGACUCCGAUAUGCCUUCCUGUAUCAACAGGGCUAGCCUUCCCAAAGGUCUUUCACAGGUCGGAGGUACAGAACGAGGUGAAGCCGGUUUCGGGAAAGAAAAGUAUCUUUGCCCAGAAACUCGCUGCAAAGAAGGCAGCUGAAGCAAAUCGGACAGUGCCCUCCGUCAGUGCUGUCAGCCCCUUCACUGGGGUCACAGGGGAGCAAAGGUCAGCUCCAACUCGAGUUACAGAGAUAUCGGAAAAGGGGCACAGAUCAGGCACAGGUGAUGGGAGACAGAUAUCGGGAGAGAAAUUGGGUGGGGAAAUAGCCCCCCAAGAAGCACAGAAGAUUCAUGAAGAGAAUGUAGCCAGACUGCAGGCCAUGUCUAAAGAGGAAAUUGAGGAAGAACACAAUAAUCUUCUGGCCCGGUUAGAUCCAAGUUUGGUUGCUUUCCUAAAAUCAAGAAAGCCUGGGAAAAACUACAGUGAUGGUGCCAAAGAUGAAAUGGAAACAAGUGGUGCAGAAAAGAUCUACGAGGAUAAGCAGGGGCAUUCUUGUUCAACCACAGAAUCACAGGCCAGUCCAAUCAAGGAAGCACCAAUGGAUCAGAAACCUACAGAGGCUGAUAUUCCACUGAAGCCUGAGAAAGGGUGGGUCCACAUGGAUGUCCCAGAGCAUGAGAAGUUAGAGUGGAUGAAAGAUCUGCCCAAACCCAGGCGACGGAAAACUAAAAAGGAGAUGCAGGCAAGGUUCAGUUUCCAUGGUGAUUUGAUACCUCCAGAUGUUGAUCUUCCAACACACCUGGGACUGCACCAUCAUGGAGAGCAGCAAGAGCAAGCUGGGUACUCACUUCAAGAGCUCUUUCAUUUAGCUCGCAGUCAAAUAAUUCAGCAGCGAACCCUGGCACUUCAGAUGCUGGCACGCAUCGUUCAAAAGGCGAAAGUUGGUGACUUCUCCUCCUCACUCAAGUACAGCAUCUUGCGAAUGCUGCUGGAUGCUGGCUUCCUGUUCCUCCUGCGGUUCUCGCUGGAUGACAGCGUUGAGAAUGUGAUCGCUGCUUGUGUCCAGGCCCUGAAAGCACUUCUAGUCUCUCCCUCUGAUGAGGAAUAUCUUGACAGGACUUUCUCCUGGUACUUGGGAGCAUCUGCGUUCCCCCUUCGACCUAAUGAAGUGGAGGAGGACGACGAGGAUGAAGAGGAUGUUGAGGAGGAGGAGUCAAAGGCAAGGGAGAAUGAGAAAGACAAGACCAAGGAUGAUAAGAAAGCUGACCCGGAUGUUGCCCGUGCUGAUGCUGUGAAAGGUUUGCUGAAGAUGAAGAUACUUCACCGUUUGCGUUAUAUCCUUGAAGUUGUUCGACCUGUUCCUUCGGUCAUUCUUGACAUAUUGGAGAUCUUGACUCGCAUAGCAAGACACUCCUCAGAGGCUUGUAAUCAGAUUCUGGGGUGCCCGAGGCUGCUAGAGACUAUCGUUUCAGAGUUCCUGCCGUCUACCUGGAAGAUCCAGACACUGGGAACGGGCGAGCCGAUGACCAGUACCUAUGGUGUGCCAAUUGCAGCUGCCAUGAAACUGAUCCGUAUCCUGGCAUCUGCUGGAAGGAAUAUGUCAGCUAUUCUGUUAAACAAAUACAAUAUGAAGGCACGAAUCGGGAGGUUCAUAUCGGAGGACCCUAGCGAUCUGCUUUUGGAGCAGCAGGAGGCCUUUGUGUUGAGCAUUGAGACCUUGCGGUUAUGGGCUGUUGCGGCCAAUUAUGGACAAACAUGUGACCUGUACAAAGAUUUCUAUCCUGCACUGAUGAAGAUGCUUCAGACACUUCCGAGCCUUAUCUCUCAGCCAAAGAAGGAUGAUCUAUUGUACAGUUUUUACAUGCAGAGAGCCGAGGUGUUGGUUUGCCUCCUGAUCAAUAUCACUAACAGUGCAGGCUGUGCUGCUGAACUACAGGCCCAGUUCACCUCCAGGAGCAGGGACCAAAUGGAACAUAUUCCCCCUCCUCCAUUGGACUGGAGCCAUGUGGCAGGUAUCAAACCCUUCCUGGAGGGCUGUGUCAAAAGGUGCCUCAAGGAAAUCAGAUGUCCAGUGACUUGGAAUAAAGUGAGACAACUGACGGCAACAUAUAUCAUUUACCUGGGGACAUACUAUAGCAAACUCAUCCAACAGCCUUCCUAUCGGCCAGUCGAGUGUUUGGAAGAAUUGGAGCAGUUUUGCUCAGAGAUGUUGAUCCCAUUCCUUAGCCUGCCAGCGUUAGAGAACAUGUUUGAGGACCUCAGGUCACACUCUGUCCUGUGCAACCCAAGGUCCUGUUAUCCCGGGCCUGAGACCAUCCACAGUCUGGUAUCGCUGGGCUUCGCAGGGGGAGAACCACCCCUCAGCCUAGUGGGGUCCAAAUCUCCUUUUGCAUUCCUGACCGCUUUGCUUUAUCUGCUGAACACCAUCAGCAGUGUACACAAAGGCUUGGCAGAAAAGUGCUCCACCAUUUUGUACAGCAAAGGCCUGAGGGAUUACCUGGUCCACAGCUGCAAGGGGACCCCACCAAUAAACCACCGGUCUGCCUGGUUGCUACGUCACGAGUUCCAUUUUCAGCACUUCGUACUUCAACUCGUGUCCAAGACAGUUGCUCUCAGCCCUCAAGUUACACGACAAGCUCCACUCUAUCACUAUGUUGCUAUGACAUUGCUAAGGCAGCUGCUGCCAGGGAGUGAGCAUUUGGCCCAUGAUUUGCUGUCGAAAUUGGUCUUUAAUCAGGAUUUGAUUCCGGAAGGUAAAUCUGGUGGUCCUGAAGCAGAAGAUCUUUGCAACAUUCUCCAGCUUGGAGCAGAUGGAGACACUUCAGUAAAAGUUCAUUUUAACCCAACUCGUGGAACAUUGCUGGGAGCAGCCUUCAAACAGCUGCCCACCAUCCGUGCCCGCUACUUGGCUCACUUUGCUCACCUCCAGUGUGCCAUCUUACGGUCCCAGGCAUUCUAUACAGGCCAGAAUCACUUGACCCAAUCAGUGCUUCUCCCCGAGAUGACAGGUCCCCUUCUGCCAGCUGAUUGGGCCUUCCUGCCCCUGAUCAACCUGUAUGACCAGGUGAACCGAGAGGAAAUGAAGGGCAAGAUGGUAGACUCGCUUCCAGCUAACUUAGUGGAAAUGGUGACCUGCAGUCUCCAGUGGGCACUACUGCUGGAGACCUGGCGAGAUGAACUUUUGCAGGGCCUGCCCCUGGCUGCCAAACUGGCAAGGCUUGUAUGCGUAUUCCUCACAGGCAGUAACCUGUUUCUAGAGCCAGGCAUUCAUGACAACCUGACAGCCCUCUUGUUGAUCUACUGUCAACAGAAGAAGAUGAACACCUUAGACCUGAGCACCCCACUCCCAGGACUGGCUUCCUUUCACGAUCUUUACAUUAGCCUCCUUGAGCAGUUUGAGAGUGUCUCGUUUGGCAACCAGCUCUUUGGCUGCUUUCUUCUGCUGCCCUUGCAGAGGAAGUUCAACACCCAGCUGCGCCAGGCUGUCUUUGGGGAGCACGUUAGCGUAUUGCGGACACUGGGAGUGCAACUGAAGCAGCUGCCAAUCCCCUUGGAAAAUUACACCCAUCCCGCUGAGACUUCCCUGGACCUGCUGCGACAGUACUUCAAGACCUUGGUGACAGGUACCCUACGCCUCAGCUGGUGUCCCGUGCUCUACGCAGUGGCAGUUGCUCACAUCAAUAGCUUCAUCUUCUCGCAGGAGGCUGUCGAUGAGGUGUUCGAUGCUGCCAGAAGGAGCAUGCUUCGAAAAUCUUUCUUAUUAACAGAUGAGGUACUAAGAAGGCAUCUGCUUCACUUCAAGCUGCCCAACGUGGAAUCGCCCUGUGGGUUUGACAUGUAUGAGGAGCUGCCCCUGAUGAGACGCAGGUGGAUGCAAAAAGUUCUUGGGGAUCUUCUAAAUCCAGAGACAGGGCCGGAGGCAAAGUGACAGGCAAGGAGCUGGCACCUGGGAGGUGGGAGAGAAGCAGCCAUUUACAGGGAAGACCUCCAGUUCUGUGGGUGCCUUUUGACUCUCAGGCAGGUGAGGCCAACCCCCACAGAAAGCGAAGUCCACACGUAACUCGGUCUGAAUCUUGUACAUGAGCAGGAUCAGGAGACGGCUGAGAAAUGGCGCCUCAUCUGGUUAUCAAGAGAAGGUUUUAAUCUGCAGUCAAAGUAGACCCUAACAAUGGAAUACCGGUUGUGUGGGUCAUACAGGAGGUGCCUCCCCUUUUCGUACCACCCCGCCAAAUUCACCAGAACAGGUUUUACCUUAUACGAAAUGCUCCUGCCGAACAGCAGCAAGUCCGCAAGCCAGUGCUGUCUUGCACUACUGACGUUUUAAACUGUGCCACGGAUUGGGUGGGCCAGACCUGUACUCACUCAGAGAUGCCGCAUUCAGUAACCAAAGAGCCGAUUGCCCAUUUUGAAGUAGAGUGAAGAUUUCUGGAAAGGGCGGAUGAACUUUGUGGCUACAGUUUCACCGAGGAAGAUGAAGGCUUCCUGUAACAGCCUGGCACCUUGUGAAUUGUGCAAAUUGUGCUGUUAAAACCUCUGUGGAUGCAAUUGCUUGGUGUUAAGGCAGUUGACAUGGUUUUACAUCUGCUGUAUGAACUGUGAGCUGCAAGUCCAAUGUACAUUACUAUGGAAUAAAUUAUGCAACCCGUGUC